AUGGGGUUCUACGGGGACCGCUCGGAGGCGUUCGGACCCGUUCGGAACCGCUCAAAACAGCUCGGAAGCGCUCGGGAUCGUUCAGAACCGUUCGAAAGCCGCUCGGGACCGUUCGGAACCGCUCGGACCCGUUCGGAAGCCGCUCGGACCCGUUCAGAAACGCUCGGAAGCCGCUCGGGACCGUUCAGAACCGUUCAAAGCCGCUCGGAUCCGCUCGGAACAGUUCGGACCCGCUCGGAACCGUUGAGAGCCGCUUGGAACCGUUCGGAACCGCUCGGACCCGUUCGGAAACCGCUCGGACCCUUUCGAAGCCGCUCGGAUCCGUUCGGAACCCUUCAGAGGCGCUCGGGACCGUUCAGAACCGUUCAAAACCGAUCGGAACCGUUCGGAACCGUUCAAAGCCGCUCGGAACCGCUCGGAAGCCGCUCAGAACCGCUCGGACUCUUUCGGGACCCGCUCGGAACCGUUCGGACCCGUUCGGAACCGUUCGGACCCCUUCGGAGGCGCUCGGGACCCUUCGGACCCGUUCGGAGGCGCUCGGGACCGUUCAGAACCCCUCGGAAGCCGCUCAGAACCGCUCGGACUCUUUCGGGACCCGCUCGGAACCCUUCGGAGGCGCUCGGCACCGUUCAGAACCGCUCGGGACCCUUCGGACCCGUUCGGACCCCUUCGGAGGCGCUCGGGACCCUUCGGACCCCUUCGGAGGCGCUCGGGACCCUUCGGACCCCUUCGGAGGCGCUCGGGACCGUUCAGAACCGCUCGGACCCCUUCGGAGGCGCUCGGCACCGUUCAGAACCGCUCGGAACCGUUCGGACCCCUUCGGAGGCGCUCGGGACCGUUCAGAACCGCUCGGGACCCUUCGGAGCCCUUCGGAGGCGCUCGGGACCGUUCAGAACCCCUCGGAAGCCGUUCGGAACCGUUCAAAACCGAUCGGAACCGUUCGGAAGCCGCUCAGAACCGCUCGGAACCCUUCGGAGGCGCUCGGGACCGUUCAGAACCGCUCGGAACCCUUCGGAACCGCUCGGACCCGUUCGGAGGCGCUCGGGGAUGGAGCUGGCGCUGGUGCUGGCGCUGGCGCUGGGCGCGGCGCGCGCGCUCUCCACGUGCCGCUCGCUGGACCUGGAGGCCGCGCGCCGGAAGCGAAUCGAGGCCGUGCGGGGCCAGAUCCUGAGCAAACUGCGCAUGAGCGCCCCUCCCCCACCCCCCUCCCCCUCCCCCCACCACCCCCCCCCGUCGGAGCCGUCGCUGCCUGAUGACGUCCGCGCGCUCUACAACAGCACGUGGGAGCUGCUGCAGCAGCAGCAGAGGGAGAGGUGGGCGCCCCCUGCCGGCCCGGAGGACUACUACGCCAAGGAGCUGCACCGCUUCCCUAUGGAGCCCCCGGGAGACGGUGCCCCCCGCAGGCUCCGCCCCCCCGGCCGCCCCCUCCUGCUGCGCUUCAACGCCUCGCGCGUGCGCGAAGAGCUGGGCCGGGGGGCGCUGCUGCACCGCGCCGAACUGCGCAUGCUCCGCCAGAGGGCGCCCGAGGGCGGCGACCAACAGCGCCUGGAGCUCUAUCAGGGCUUUGGCAACGCCUCCUGGCGGUACCUGCAGGGCCGCUGGGUGCGGGCGGCCCCCGACGAGGAGUGGGUCUGGUUCGACGUCACCGAGGCCGUGCAGCAGUGGCUGGGGGGCAAUGACCCCAUAGGCACGUUCAAACUGAGCGUCCAUUGCCCCUGCGACGAGCCGGGCCCGCCCCCCGCCAUGCGCUUCACCUUCGAAGGGUUCGAGCAGCAGCGCGGGGACAUGCAGGGCAUCGCGCGCAAGCACCAGCGCGCCCCCUACGUGCUGGCGAUGGUACUGCCCGAGGAGCGCGGCAACGACCUGCGCAGCGCCCGGCGCCGCCGCGGCAUCGACCCCCCCUUCUGCUUCGGCCCGGAGGAGCAGAGCUGUUGCCUGCGCCCGCUCUACAUCGACUUCCGACGGGACCUGCACUGGCGCUGGAUCCACGAGCCCGGCUACAUGGCCAACUUCUGUGGGGGGGGCUGCCCCUACCUCUGGAGCGCCGACACGCAGUACUCCAAGGUGCUGGCCCUGUACACGCAGCACAACCCGGGGGGCUCGGCCGCCCCCUGCUGCGUGCCCCAGAGCCUGGAGCCGCUCCCCAUCGUUUAUUAUGUGGGGCGCAAGGCGCGCGUGGAGCAGCUCUCGGACAUGGUGGUGCGGGCCUGCAAGUGCAGCUGAAACGGACCCAAAACCGCCUGAAAUGGACCCAAAA